GGGGCCCGCGCGCAUCGGCUACUACGAAAUCGAGCGCACCAUCGGCAAGGGCAACUUCGCCGUCGUCAAGCUGGCCACGCACCUCGUCACUCGCGUCAAGGUUGCCAUAAAGAUAAUUGAUAAGACUCAGCUGGACGAAGAGAACCUCAAAAAGAUCUUCAGAGAAGUUCAGAUCAUGAAGAUGCUUUGCCACCCACACAUCAUCAGAUUGUAUCAGGUUAUGGAGACAGAGAGAAUGAUUUAUCUGGUGACAGAAUAUGCGAGCGGAGGGGAAAUAUUUGAUCACCUCGUGGCCCAUGGACGAAUGGCUGAAAAAGAAGCCCGGAAGAAGUUUAAGCAGAUAGUGGCAGCUGUCCAUUUCUGCCACUGUCGUAACAUCGUCCACAGAGAUCUGAAAGCAGAGAAUUUGCUUCUGGAUGCAAAUCUGAACAUCAAAAUAGCAGAUUUUGGAUUCAGUAAUAUCUUCACGCCCGGUCAGCUGCUGAAGACCUGGUGUGGAAGUCCCCCCUAUGCUGCCCCAGAACUCUUUGAAGGGAAGGAGUAUGAUGGGCCAAAGGUGGACAUUUGGAGCCUUGGGGUGGUGCUCUACGUGCUGGUCUGCGGGGCCCUGCCUUUUGAUGGGAGUACGCUGCAGAACCUGCGGGCGAGGGUCCUGAGCGGGAAGUUUCGCAUUCCAUUUUUCAUGUCCACAGAGUGUGAGCACUUAAUCCGCCACAUGCUGGUGCUGGAACCGAGCAGGCGGCUCUCCAUGGAGCAGAUCUGCAAACACAAGUGGAUGAAGCUCGGGGAGGUGGAUACGGAGUUCGACACGUUAAUAGCCGAAUGUCAGCACUUGAAGGUUGAGAGGCAGAUGGAACCAUUGAAUGAAGAUGUGCUCCUUGCCAUGGCUGAGAUGGGGCUGGACAAGGAGCGCACCCUCCAGUCAUUAAGGACAGAUGCUUACGAUCACUACAGUGCAAUCUACAGUCUGCUCUGUGACCGUCUAAAGAGGCAUAAGAACUUGCGCAUUGCCACCCUGCCCAGCCUCCCACGGACCAUGGCCUUCCCAGCACAAGCCAGCAUCCAGGCAGAGCAGGCGGGCAACCCAGUGAGCAUCAGUGUCCCACAAGUGCAGCUCAUCAACCCCGAGAACCAAAUAGUGGAGACUGAUGGAGCAAUGACUCUGGAUAGCGACGAAGGCGAAGAGCCGUCCCCUGAAGCUCUGGUCCGCUACCUCUCCAUGAGGAGGCACACAGUGGGAGUGGCUGAUCCUCGCACGGAGGUGAUGGAGGAUCUCCAGAAGCUGCUACCUUGUUUCCCACGCAUCGCACCCCAGGCCCCCUUCCUGCAGGUGGCUCCCAACAUGAACAUGGCGGCCAACAUGCUUCCGAUGCAGCACCUGCAACCAACUGGUCAGUUAGAGUACAAGGAGCAGUCCUUGCUGCAGCCCCCAACUUUGCAGUUGCUGAACGGAAUGGGACCCCUUGGACGGAGGGCGUCAGAUGGAGGAGCCAAUAUCCAGUUGCACGCACAACAGCUCUUGAAGCGUCCCCGGGGCCCUUCUCCUCUUGUUACAAUGACACCAGCAGUGCCCGCCGUGACCCCUGUGGAUGAGGAGAGCUCAGAUGGAGAGCCAGAUCAAGAAGCUGUGCAGAGAUACUUGGCCAAUAGGUCAAAAAGGCACACACUGGCAAUGACCAACCCCACUGCGGAAAUCCCGCCUGACUUGCAGAGGCAGCUAGGACAGCAGCCCUUCCGCUCCCGGGCAUCACACCUGGCACCCGACCAGCACCGCUAUGUCUAUAAAGACUCCAACACCCUGCACCUCCCCACGGAGCGCUUCUCUCCGGUCCGCCGUUUCUCAGACGGGGCUGCCAGCAUCCAGGCGUUCAAGGCCCAGCUGGAGAAGAUGGGCAACCACAGCAGCAUCAAGCAGCUGCAGCAGGAGUGUGAGCAGCUCCAGAAGAUGUAUGGGGGCCACAUGGACGAGAGGACCCUGGAGAAGACGCAGCAGCAGCACAUCUUGUACCAGCAGGAACAGCAUCAGCAGAUCCUUCAUCAGCAGAUCCAGGAUUGUGUCCGCCCUCCUCAGCCUUCUCCGCCACUGCAAGCUCCUGGAGAAAGCCAGCCUGCUUUGCUCACUCACCAGCUUCAGAGGUUACGGAUCCAGCCCUCCAGCCCACCUCCAAACCAUCCCAGCAACCAUCUCUUCAGGCAAACGGACAGCAGCCCCCCUCCAGUCAGCAGCAGCAUGCUCCAGAGCCACAGUGCAGCCUCGCCGUCGCAGUUCCAAGGGAUGCCCUCUCACAGCGCCAUCUUCCAGCAGUCGGGCAGUUGCUCACCUCCGCCCAAUGUGGCCCUCUCCUGCAUGGGCAUGCCGCAGCAAGUGCAGGGGCAACCGGUAGCCAUCCAAGUGCAGGAGCCGGGAGAUGGGAUGGGCGGCAGCCUCUUGCAGGCUGGGCGGGGCAUGCCCACCCCCGCCAGUGCCAAUCAGCUGCAGAUGCACCAUCGUGCCAGUCUGAUGGCCUCCCUGACUUACGGGCACAGGCCCCUCUCCAAGCAGCUCAGCGCGGACAACGCAGAAUCGCACAGGUAUCCGUCAACUGGCUACGACCAGGUGCACUUGCACCCCCACCUGUUUCCGGAGCAGGCCCGUGUCCCUCCAAGCAGCUACAGCCCAGCUACAGCAGUGGGCUUCCCUCCGCAGGUGGAGCAGUUCCCCAGCUUCUCCCAGAGCGCUCAGCAGCAGCACUACGCCACGUCAGCCCUGCAGCAGGCGCUGCUGUCCCCCACCCCGCCAGACUACAGCCGGCACCAGCAAGUCCCACACAUCCUGCAGGGCCUGCUCUCACCCCGGCACUCGCUCACGGGCCACACGGACAUGCGGUUGCCCCAGGCCGAGGUGGCGCAGCUCAUCAAGCGGCGGCAGCAACAGCAGCAGGAAUUCCAGGAGCUGAUCCGGCACAUGAGCCAAGGGGAGAGCGGACAUGUGGCUACCAGCGUGGCCCAGAAACUGUCAGAGCGCCAGGCUCUGUCUUUGCCUUAUCAGAACACUGACACGUACCACCACCCUCACCAUCACCACCACCACCACCACCACCACACCAGUCCCCAGCACCUCUUGAAAGUGAGGGCGCAUGAAUGUAUCCAGCAGGCGCCAGCCUCGGUGCCGGCCCACGGGUACGCUCACCAGCCCACCUUGGUCCACUCGGAGAGCAUGGAGGAGGAAGUGGACUGCGUGUGUGAAGGGGAACGGGACAGCUUCCCAGGCAAUAAGACCAAAGCUUGCCACGAGGCUCCACUGCUCUUAAGUGCCGGUGGUCCUGGGGACCCAGACGCUUUGUUUGGGACUGCCAAGCAGGAGCAGGAAUUGGGGGCGCACCAUUACAGGCACCAGCCAGCCGCCACCUUCAGUCGGAAUAAGGUGCCCGGUAGAGACUCCAUGGCCACAGGUUGCAUGGAAAGAAGCUCUCCUGGCCACGUGGAGAUGCCAGAUGCAGAUGGGCCAGAGGGUUAUCCCACAAGGCCGAUUCCUGGUGUGCAUCACAGAUCCCGGCCUUUGCAGAGACACCACACCAUUCAAAACAGUGACGAUGCCUAUGUGCAACUGGACACUCUGCCGGGCAUGAGCCUAAUGGCAGGGAAGGCACUCAGCUCUGCCCGCAUGUCCGACGCUGUGCUCAGCCAGUCUUCCCUCAUGGGCAGCCAGCCGCUCCAUGAUGGGGAGAGUGAAGAAGACUGUGGAGAGAACUUGGAAGGUCAAGAGCACCUGAACCUAGCAGAUGGCAACCAGCAUCUAAACACCUCUUGUUACUCUUCCACGUGUAUUACUGACGUCCUGCUGAGUUACAAGCACCCAGAGGUGCCCUUUGGGAUGGAGCAGGCUGGGGUCUAGAGAUCAGGCAGGCUACAGGGUAUGUACAGCUUUGAAACAAAAAGGUCCAUUUCAAACCAACAGUAUCUCGCAGCGUUGCGCCAAAUGGCCGUCCCGUUUCUCCUUGACGGAAAUCUUGUGGCGGCUCCUCCUCCUCCUCCUCCUCCUCAACCUCCUCGUUGGUUCAACAGUGUGCUUGUUCCUUUCGGAUGUUCAUUAUUGCCAUAUUUGCCUGUGACGCCAGCCAUUCUGGAAGGACCAGAGCACCCCCCCUCGCACAGAAGCUGCAGGGGGCAGUUUGCGGGCAGCUGCCGGCUUGGAGGGCCCCCCCUUCCCAGUCAGUGGCAGGUGCCGGGGGAGGGGGCAGCCAGCCUUGCCUGGAAAACCUGAUGGCAGAAGGGGAGAGGAGCUCUGCCCACCCGCAAGCAAUAAGCAGCUGUUUUGGACGGUGCCUCUUCAUGACCUGCCUUUGCAGUGGCCCCUCCAGGCCAGGGGGCUGGUGGGGGUGGCGGGGGCUGUGCUUGCGGAGGGGCCGAGAGCCAAGCCUCCACGUCUGCCUUCCAUGCAUCGCUUGCCUCCCACCCCUUGGCCAUUUGCCCCCCCUUCCCCCCACCGCAGUGGUGCAAUAUUGCUUUUGUGUGUCUCUCCUCUGUCAGCCUUUCUGUUUUAAAUUUUGUCACUCUGUCCUUUCUUCCGUUUCUCUUUUUUUGUACAUCUCCCCCCCCAUUUAAUUCCAUGUGCUACUACUUCUUCUUUUUUUCCCUUUUCCCCUUUGUUUCGAGAAAACCUGGUUCUUGUUUUUAACUUGCUUUCCCUUCAGAUCAUGUAGGAAUUUGUUUUGGUAAAUGUUUUAUUAUUGUUGUUGUUAUUAUUAUUAAUAAUAAAUUAAUUGUUAAUAAAAGGCAGGAUGCAUUUUGCCCCUCCCCUUCUACCCCGCCCCAUGUUGCUGCUUGCCCCUCCCCCAUCUUCCUCCCAGUAUUGGCUUUUCUCCAGUGUGGCAGCGGUGGUGCCCCUGGCAUUGCCGCGGAGACCGUCUCUCCCUCUCAGCCCUUGGGGAACUUGUUUUCUGUGACUGGUCCAGGGUCUGGGGCACCUCCAGCGGCUGGGCCUCCGGGGAGUCUCUCGUGUCAUCUUUUCUGCCUUUGGGACUUUUGACAAAGCUGCAACAGAGAAUCCCUAUUACUGACUCUUUUUGGAAGAAUUUUUUAAAAAGGAUUAAAUAUAUAUAUAAAUAUAUAUAUCAAUGCAGCCCUCCUGAAUUUGCACAGAAGAAGUGUGAGACCAGCAUGGCUGAGGUUCUUUUGCUAUUGUCAUCAUCACCAUCGUCAUCCUCCUGUUCCUCGUUCUCACCUUUCCAGCAGCAUCUGGAUACCAAGAUGUGCAAGCGAUGGUGGGGGGAAGCCUCUUCCUGCUGCUCCUCCUCCUCCUCGAGGCUGGAUUGUGGCCGAGGUUCCACUGAGGCGGGGGACUCGCUUACCAGGGAAGAAGAAUGGGCCAUGGAGGGGCAGGAGGAAUUUGAGGGCUGCUCACUGCUCCCUCCUGCCACUGGGAGGGAGGGGCCAAAAGGCACCGAAAGCCUCCUCUGGCCUGGCUUUGGACUCUUGCUUUGGUUUUUCCUUCUGUUUACAUGAUCCUGAGAGAUGACAGCAGCAUCAGCCGCCCUCCAAGCAAACCGCCGUGCAGGGACUGGCCUGGCUAUGCUGUUUUGCAGUAUCACACUUUUUGUUUUUUGUUUUUGUGGGGGGGAUUCUUUUGUUUUUAAUCAUUGCUUUGUAUUGUAGUAAUCAAUACUCGCAGUAUAUGUUGAAUGUAUCAUAUACUUUGCUAUUAUUUCUGUUUUGGGGGAAAUGUCCAAAGUAUUUUUUCUCAUUUAUGUUGGACUAAAAACAAGAACCCACACAAACAAACUCCCCAGAUUUUCAGCAAAAUCUUAGUUCAGUUUUUUUCCGUUUGUUUGUUCGUUUUCGGUGGGUCAUUUUGCAACUAGUAACUUAGUUGGACGUGGGAUCAUGACAAAUAAACCCAUGAUUAUGAUUGGCUCUCA